GUGUGUCCGUGGGGCGCACAGAUGGAGCUGUGCGCUCCGAUUGUGAGAAGAGCGCCGCAGACCGAGUGGCCGCGCUCCUCCCCGGACACCUGCUGCUGCUGCAGAGCCUCGCUGAUGUGAGGAUGAAGAAAGUUCAAACCUCCGCCAACAUGUGAGUUUUUUUUUCUCCUCAAGGGAAUUACAAAGGGGUCAGGCGCCAAAAAGAGACAGUGUGUCGGUGUGUGACUCCCUCUCCCCUCUUUCUCCUCCUCCUCCACUUCUUCUUCAGAGUGAAUUCAGGAUGGGUCCUGUAUGGCUUCUUCUUCUGCUCCCACUCCUCCUCAGAGCGCAGUUGACUCCAAACCUCACAUCAGGAGUCACGGUUGAGGCAGACAACAGGACAGACUCUUUAACAAACAACACAGGAACCUCAGACAACUCCACCAGCCCCUCCAGUUCCUUCAGGACCCCAGAGCCUUCUGGAUUUGCAGUGACGCCAUCACAAGCUCCCACAGUGCAGGAAGAUGACUGGUCACCAGCAGAAACCUUCAUGUACACUGGAGACCCAACCACUCUGAAAAUGGCCCGCUGUUCACGGGCGUACAGCCCACCAGGGCAGACCGGCUCCCUGCCCUUCAGCUUCAGUGACUCCCUACGGCCAGCUCUGGGCGCAUUGGCCAACACGGCCAACUUCCUGAACAUGAUCUUCCAGGCCAGUGACCUGCGGGAGAGCACAGUGCAGGAGGAUAUGGAGUGGUACCAUGCCCUGGUGCGUGCCCUUCUGGAGGCCGACGUGCUCAUCCAGCGGGCCCUGUUCACCUUUGACGCUGACCCGGCUUCCCCGGUGCCACAGCUGGUUCUCAGUGCCUCACGAAACAUGACGGCCAAGGUGCAGACCAUCAUCCUCCAGGACUUAUCCAAGGCCUGGGAGAGCCUACACCCGCCCGCCCCAGCCCCCGAUGACAGCUGGUUCAGAAGCUUUAAAUUCUCGGAGUCCACCCAGCUGACAUCAGCACUUUCCAAGCGGAUCCUCCUGAAUGACCUCAGCACCCUGGACACGCCAAAGUGGAGGUUUGGCGACAGCUAUGUGACCAAUCAUAGUGGGGUGCGCUGGGCCAGCGCCCCCUUCCUCGACUGUAAGGACGGAUGCUUUGUGCCUGGUUGGAUGCUCACCCUGUCCACGUCCUUCUACGGCCUCAAGCCUGACCUGACACCAGAGUUCAGAGGUGUGAUCCGUGUGGAUGUCAACAUCCAAGACAUCGACUUGGACCAGUGUGCAACAGGAGACGGCUGGUUUGCUGAUACUCACCAGUGUAACCGCACCACCAUGGAGUGCGUACCAAUUCCAGGCCGGGGUUUUCGACUGGGUCAGUACUGCUGCCGCUGUAAAGAAGGUUACUACAACCCUGAGAUAGCAAGUGUAGAUGCAGAUGGUCGCCCUGUGAACGGGACUGACGGUGGCGGCAUGUGUUACCCGAACAUGCCCAUCUGUCUCCCGUGCUGGACGGGCUGCAAGAGCUGUCAGGAUGGCACUCCCUGCUGGGUGCAGGAGGCCUGGCUUCUCAGGGGUGCCGUGCUGGCCGUCCAGGGCAUCUUCAUGCUCCUCAUCUUCGUCAGCAUGAUGGUGGCCUACAGGCAUCGUCGAAACCGGAGGAUCCGGGCAUCCGGCCUCCUCCUGCUGGAGACUAUCUUGUUCGGCUCUCUGCUCCUCUACUUCCCGGUCUUCAUCAUGUACUUCAAGCCGAGUACGUUCAGGUGUAUUCUGCUGCGCUGGGUUCGAAUGCUCGGCUUCUCCAUCGUCUACGGCACAGUCACACUGAAAAUGUACAGGGUGCUGAAGGUGUUCCUCUCACGCACGGCCCAGAGAGUGCCCUACAUGUCCAGCCUCCACCUGCUGAGGAUUCUGGGAGUGAUGCUGAUGACAGUCAGCUGGUUCCUGUGUGCGUGGACUGUGGGUGUCCUCCAAAACCGCGACAGGAACAUCCCAGUGUUCAUCACAAUGACCACAUCAGACGGGCAGGGGUUCAACCUGUGUUACCUGGACCGCUGGGACUACAUGAUGGCUGUGGCUGAGCUCCUGUUCCUGUGCUGGGGCAGCUCCCUGUGGACCGCCGUCAGGCCGGUCCCCUCAGCCUUCCAUGAACCUCGCUACAUGGGCAUUGCCAUCCACAACGAGCUGCUUCUCUCCACCAUGUUUCACCUGUUCCGGUUCACUUUUCCCUCUCUCCAUCCUGAUUGGAUGUUGCUGCUCUCCUUCACACACACUCAUGUGACCAUCACUGUGACACUCGCCCUGCUCUUUAUACCCAAGUUCCUUUAUGUGUCCAAGCCUGUGAGAGAGGAGAUUGCAGCAGAGGUGUAUGAAGAUGAAGUGGACCUUCGGCGCUCCGGCUCAUACCUCAACAGCAGUUUUCACUCUGCUUGGAGUGAGCACAGUGUGGACCCGGAUGACUUUCGGGAUGAACUGAAGAAGUUAUAUGCCCAGUUAGAAGUCCACAAGACCAAGAAGAUGACUGCAAACAACCCUCAUCUGUCAAAGAAACGAAGUUCUCGAUGUGCACUGGGGAGAUCCAUUAUUAGACGCAUUGCUGAGAUCCCAGAAACCAUGAGCCGGCAGUGCAGCCGCGAGGAGAAAGAUGGAUCCUUCCACAGUAGAAGCGUGAAUCUGUCUGAGUCUUUCAGGAGGGCCCCAGAUACAGUAUCUGUCAGUAUCAGUUACAGGAGUUCAGUGAGAACACCAUCUCCAUCCAUGCGCAAGUCUCAAAGCGAUCAUCACUAUGUCAGGGAAAGAGACUCUUCUUUACGUGACUCCAUGUUAAAGGCCAACGCUGUGAAGAGAUCAUCCCGGCGAUCUGAGACUGAUUCUUUGGAUAUUCCACCAGGGGUUUGUAAGUCAGCCAGUGCCCAAAAUCUGACAAUCGAUACCAAUCUCCUGCAUCCUGAUCAUACCAAGCUCCAUAAGUCCUGGAGUCUAACCUCAACUACCGCCCAUUCUAUGGAGAACAUAGCUAAGGUUAACAGAGCCAGCACAGUGCUGACAAGGUCCAGGCAGAGCAUAUCCAUUAGUGAUCAGACCAGGAGUGCUCUCAAGUCAGAGUCAUUUGACAAGGCUGAGGUCUGUCCUUGGGAUGUGGAGCAAGAACAAUCAGGGGACAAGAACCAGAAGCAUGUCACCUACGCAAAUUCUGAGAAUUGUGAGCAAAAAAGGGCAAUAUCUCCCGAGGCACUUAUCUGUCCCUGGGACCAUUUACCACCUGUAGACAAGAAUCCUUCAGAGGACAAGGCAACAAAAGGUGAAACUGAGUCCCCCAAACCACAGCUCACUGUGUCUGCAAGUGCACCAGGCACUCCAAGACCAAAGGUCACAAAAGAUCAACGCAUCUUUUCCUUCCGCACCACUACCACUAAGUGGCUCUCUGUGAAAUCCAUUAUGGGAUCCAUGGAUGCAGGAAGCAAGGAGGGAAGUUUACAUAAAGAGGAUUCUGUCUCACAAAAAAGUCAGGAAAGUGCUUCCACAACACCAAGAUCAGGGACAUCUAGCAGACGUCCAAGCAUAGAAAAGAGGUCACUGCAGAAAAGAAGUAUGACAACGGAUGGAAAACCAUGCCUUGUGAAGCAGAAUGCCAUCAGACUGUCCUCUGGGGAUUCUACAGACAGAAGCCCAAGAAGGCUUGUUAUUGUCAAAUCUGCAGUCUACCCUUGGGACAUGGAGGAUAUGCAAAAAGAUGGCACCUAUGAAAAUGUGUUCUUAUCAAGGCAGAAUAGCAAACGUAGUAGUAUAAGUUCUUGGGAAACUGCCAGCAGCUGUAGAACUCCUUCGACCCGCAGAAGAGGUAGUUAUCGAAGAACACCAACCCGUAAUGUUUCCUAUGCAGAUGUGUGUCCAUGGGAUGGAACUGGUACUUCUGGUACUUUCCAGGAAGAAGAGGGAUCAAAGAAGCAGCAGAGCAUUAAAGCAGACGUCUGCCCUUGGGAAUCGCAGGUAUCUGAACCAUCUAAUGUAUGUCCAUGGGAAUCGCAAGAGCCAGGGGAUGUGAGAAGACGAGGAAGUACCCAUAGUAAUGUAUGUCCGUGGGAAUCUCAAGAGCAAGAUAAAGCGAAAAGACGAGGAAGUGCUCAUAGUAAUGUGUGUCCUUGGGAAUCGCAGGAUGUUCCCGUUAUUUAUCAUAGUAAACCAUCCAUAGAUUCACAGACACAACAGUCUUUAAAACGUGCAGCAGACAUAUGUCCCUGGCAGACUGCAGAAACUCCCCAACCUUCAAUAAGGCAAGAAAAUGAAUAUUCUAAUGUUUGUCCUUGGGAUGUUCAGGACAAGCCUGACGUUGUAUAUGAAAAUCUAAGUCCUUUGGAGACCAAGGGAACGCUGACAGUGCCCUUUCGACAAGAAGUUAUGAAACCUGCAGUCUACACGGCGGCAUCAAAAGAGCAGAGUUUAAGUAAUGAGCAAAAAUACAACGCAAAAUCACCUGCCCUGCAUUUGGGCAGACAAGUGACCAAGACAACAGAAAGUUGUCCAUGGGAUUUCCCUGAUCCCCCUAAAACGAUGGAAAACAUUUGUCCAUGGGAAGAGAGCAACACAGAGCCAACAAAUACAAACACAAUCUCACAAAUGAUCAUCAAGGUAGAUAUUUGUCCGUGGGAGACUGGACAUCAAGACAAACCAGAAGACUCACUACAAGGUGUCUUGCCUUUGAAAGCUGCUUCUAUACAGACUGAAGGAAAAGACGGCACAAGAGUAAACAUAUGUCCCUGGGAAACUGAGCCCCCUGAAAAAUCCGCAGCUAGCAAGAUGGGUUCACAAGGACUGGAAAGACUGGCAGAUGUUUGUCCAUGGGAUAGUAGUGAACCAGAAUCAGGAAAAUCAGAGAUCCCCAAAACAUCAGAGAGUCAUAUAAGGCAAGACACAGCUCGUGCAGAUGUUUGUCCAUGGGAGACAGAAGCACCAAAGGUUCUGAAAAAGCAAGAUAGUGCUCUGGCAGAUGUUUGUCCAUGGGAGACAGAAGAGCCCAAAGUUCUCAAAAAGCAAGAUAGCACUCUGGCAGAUGUUUCCUGGGAGACAGAAGAACCAGGAGUUGUCAAAAAGCAAGACAGCACUGGAGCAGACAUUUGUCCCUGGGACUCUAAGGAUCCACAAACUUCAACCCAAAGUCAAGCUGAUAUUCCCAACACUGACAAAGAUGAAGUCAUAGAGAACCAGGAGCCACUUAAUGUAGAAGAUACUCCAGCAGAUAUCUGCACAGAGCAGAUGGAGUCCAAAGAAAACCUAGCCCUGGGCCGCCGUGAUGCUUUGUGUCCCUGGGAGAUGGUAAGGAGCAGAUCUGGCUCAUUCACAGACAAUGCCUCUGACAUUUUUACAUGGGAGCCUGAGAAUAUUCCUGAGGAAGAUGAAGAGGACGAUGCAGAAUGUGCUGCUGAGGCUCUUGUAUUCCCACCUGACUUGUGACCUAAAUCUAGCCCGCAUUUGCUUCCACUUUUGACCCCUCGUGCUAAAGCAAGGGCAAUGUGAACU